AUGUAUAAUUGGAACUCUUUAACUUCCAACGAUGCAUCUCAACUUUCAUAUGUUUGGAAGGGUAUUCGGAGAAGCUGUUGUACUGAUUAUUCACAAUGGUCGCUGUUCUUGUCGAAUAUUAAGUUUAAGGUAAAUAAUGGUCUCUCAAUCUCGUUUUGGUCUGAUCGCUGGGUUGAUAAUGGUAUUAUGAAGGAUCUUUUCCCUCGCCCCUUUAAUCUAUCAAGACAAAAAGAAGCUUCUAUCUCUACUAUAUUUAACAGUGAAUGGAGUUGGCGUCGCAGGUUACGAUUGAAUGAAAAAAGAGAGCUCGAUUCUAUGCUUUCCCACAUGCGUUUGAUUAUUUCAUCUCCAGAACAAGAUUUGGUUUGCUGGAUUAAACAUGGUGGUGUGUAUUCAGCUGGAAGUUUUUGCAAAUUAACUAGGACUGCUGCGAAUUUGCAGCUUCCAUUAUCUGCUACUAGGAUUAACAGGUCGGUUUCUUCAACUUUGUUUAAUUCAAAUACAGCAGGAAUAUUACAAAGGAACCUUCCUUCACCUGUCACGUCUUCAUUCUGCACAGCCUGGUCCUCCUUCUCUCCUCCACAGAUUUGUUGCUUUAUCUGGUUAGCAUUACAUGAAUGUGUCUCCUCAUUGAUCUAUCUUAAUAACAGGAACAUCGUCUCGGAUGCAAACACACUUUGCUCGCUGUGUAAGAAACCGGAAACUCAGAAUCAUAUCCUUAUGCAUUGUCCCUUUGCCUCAUCAGUUUGGAAUAAUAUUUUGAGGAAGGUUGGUAUUUCUUCUGUUAUGCCAAAUAAGAUUGAUGAAUUCCUUCUCCAAUGGAACUCUCUCAUUCCUAGAUGUUCGAAUCCAAAACUUUGGCAUUCACUUUGGGACAUUACCAUUUGGGAGUUAUGGAAAAGCAGAAACCGAAGAAUUUUUGAACAAAAAUCAACAGGCAUUGAAGAUCUAGUGUUUAGAAACUUCAUCUCAGCUUGUUUUUACUUUAGUUGUAAUGUAACUAGCUUCCCAUACUCGGGAAUGGAUUUCUUUAGGAAUCCGGAUUGUAUUCUUUUCCAUUGA